UCCCGCUCCAGUUUACGUUUGCGCCGAUCACACUACUGACAGGCAGCUACAUCUUCGUCGCCUUGGGACUUCCCAUCCUCAUGCUUCGACACUGGCGUCGUAUCUGGCGCCGCCACCUGAGGCGGGCGGCUACAACAUGGACCCCUUCCAGAUCGCCUGCUUCACCUUCUCGGCGUGGGUUGGCAUCCUCGGAGCGGAGGGCUACGAAUACUUCUUUAACGACUUGAUACCGUUAUGGGUGGCUCGCAGGCGAGGGGAAUUUGGCGCCCAGAGUACCGACUGGCGAACACGCUAGUUCCCUCCAUUUUGCUGCCUACCGGACUUGGCAUCUACGGCGCCGGGGUGCAGUACCAUCUUCAUUUCAUGAUACUCGCAUUCGGGUCAUUCUUGUUGUGGUUUAGCUCGCUUCUGGCUCUGUCGGUCUGCUUCGAUUAUGCUGUGGAGUGCUUCUUGAAACAUGCGGUUGAGGCAUCCGGCUCGCUGAACGCCUGUCGGCUGUCGUUCGGUCUGAUGAGUGUGUUCAUCCUGACUGAUUGGCAAGUCUCGAUGGCUGUGGGUUGGAUGUACGGGCUAGCUGCUUUCUUGAUGCUCUUCGUCGACAUCGUGAUGGUUUUCAUAGUGCUGGACGGGCACGUGAUAAGGGAGUGGACAGUGAAGCUCAACCCGAGCAUUGCCAAUACGGAAGACGGCGGUGAGGUAUUCAGGAGACACUAGCUCUCAAUGGGAAAGCGUGACGUCUCUCAUUCCGCGUAUAACGUGUUCAUACUGCAAAAUCCUUGAUCUUGAUCUGUGCGUGAAUCGACACUAGGCGCUCGCGCUGCGAGCAGCGAAGGCAGAGUUGCCGCAGCCCCUCCUUUCCUG